GAACGUCUAGAGCAUCUAGAUGCUGUUAUAAAGAGAGACGAACAGAGAGAUUGCACCACUGGCAACGAGAAUGAAGAAGAUGAUAACUGGAUGAGUGAAGUGUUUAUAGGCGUUGAUGAGGGUAAAGAGGAAAUACCCAGCAAAAGACCCAAAUAUGACGUGUUAAAUUUGGCCAAAGAAGAUCAAACAGUGCUGGAUGAAAGCUUGAACGAUAGCAAUAUGGUGACCCUCCUAGCCAAUCUGAUACACAAAGAAGAAGAUGAAGAUAGAGCGUUCUUCAAAUCAAUCACUCCAGCAGUUAAAACUCUGUCUCAAGAUGCUAAAUUAGAGUUUAGGAUAAUGGUCAUGAAAAUUCUGAAAGGUUUAAAAAAGAAGCAGGGACUUGUUAAAAGGGAACCGUCUACAUAUAGUGAUAGUGAAUAAAUAGCACUUUUUUGUAAUUGAAAUAUCUAUGCAGUUGUUAUGACGUUCCUAGAUGCUGUUAUAAAGUGUGACGAACAGAGAGAUUACACCACUGGCAACGAGAAUGAAGAAGAUGAUAACUGGAU